CGGACCUCUGCACGGAGUGGAACAAAAUCUGAAAAGCAAAGAGUACAGUCCGCGGAAAACGUUCAAUUAAUAGAAGCAAGAAGCAAUAUAUAUAAUCUAAUUUUUCUCAUCUAUACCCUACAUAUAUUUCGGCUGUAUAUGUAUCAGUGUACCAAAAGUUGUUAUACAUAAAAUAAAUUGCGAAAGAAAGAAAUACCAUUAUCAACUAAAAAUAGUGACCGAUUCUCAAAGGAAUACAAAAUUUAAUAACGAAAAAAAAUCAUCAAACGACGAGAACGAAUUAAUUAUAAAAUAUAUAACCAAAAAAGAGCAGACACACGCCCGCAUGUUCGAGUUAAGGGUUUAGAAUACUGUCGACGCACCGAACCGAAGGUAGAACCGUAACCGAUUCCGAUUGUGAGUGAGGUGGGGGGAUCGAAGCGAAGGAUGACUUUCACUCGCCUCAAGACUCUUUCGCUGCUCGUGUGUGCUCUGCUGGCACUGAGUUUUCCCGGAUAUGUGAACGGCGGCGCUAACAACAACAAGAAGGGCUCGCAGCCAGCGGCCCCAGUUGAACCUGAGGCCGUUAUCGAGGAGGUCAAUGCCAAGCAGCUGGAAAAGCUCCUGGCCGACAAGGAUUACGUGGCCGUCUUCUGGUAUGCUCGUAGCUGCGUGACCUGUGAUAAGGUUUUAGCGGAACUCGAGAAGAUCGACGAUGACACCGACUCCUUCGGUGUGGACUUUGUGAAAAUCAACGACAAACGACUAGCCAAACAGUAUGGCAUCAAGAAUUUCCCCGCCCUGACCUACUUCAGGGAAAAGGAGCCCAUCAUAUACGAUGGCGAUCUCAUGGACGAGGAGGGAGUGCUCGACUUCCUCACCUCUUUGGAGGCCAUGGAUCUGCCUGAUCGCAUCGAGGAGGUCAAUUCCAAGAUAUUGCAGAAGAUCAUCGAGGACACCGACUUCGUGGCCGUUCUUUUCUGUCCAGAUCAUGAAACAUGCCCGCCCAGGGUUAUGGACAAACAGCAAUGCCGCAAGUGCGCCAAGGCCUUGCAGGAGCUGGAGAAUAUCGACGACGAAGCUGAUCAGCUUGGCAUCGGGUUUGUGAAAAUACACGACGAGGCCUUGGCCGACGAAUACAAUCUCGGCAGUCUGCCAGCCCUGGUCUACUACCGCCACCAGACUCCGAUCAUAUACGAAGGUGAACUUCAGCGGGAGGAGGACGUCUUGGAAUGGUUGGUGCAGAAUAAGUCGACGGGCGAUGAAGAUGAUGUCAUUGAGGACGUCACUUCGAAGACUCUGUCGACGCUAAUCAGCAAUAUCGACAACCUAGUUGUGCUAUUUUAUGAUCAUGGAAAUGACGAUUCGAUGACCGUGUUGGAGGAGCUAGAGCAAAUCGACGACGACUGCGACAAGCAUGGCAUUCAGUUUGUGAAAAUUGACGAUGCCAAGGCGGCAGGCGAUUACGGAAUCGAUUCGAUUCCGGCCAUUGUUUACUUUGAAAAAGAAAUUCCAAAUGUGUACGACGGCGAUCUCAUGGACGAGGAGCAGAUUCUGAAAUGGUUGUUGGGACAGUUGGAACGGGAUGAGAUCGAGGAUGUCACCGACGAAAUGCUCGACACAAUGAUCAAAGAAGGACGCGUCAUUGCAGUGCUGUUCUACGACAACAACGACAAGAAGUCCCAGAAAGUGCUCGAAGAGCUCGAGAACAUUGACGACGAGUGCGACGCCCUGGGCAUUACUUUCGUGAAGAUCGACAAUCCCGAGGAGGCCGUUGAAUAUGGCAUCAAUAAAGUUCCUAAACUGAUAUACUUUGAAAAAGGCAUUCCAACUAUUUACGAAGGCAAUCUGGAGGACGAGGAGAAGCUCCUGAAAUGGCUAACAGACCAAACGAGCUCCGAUCAAAUCGAGGACAUCACCGACGAAAUGUUGGAUUUGAUCAUUGAGAAAAUGCCCCACGUUGCUGUUCUCUUCUACGACAAAGACCAAAAGAAAUCACAGAAAAUCCUCGCAGAAUUGGAAAACAUUGACGAUGAGUGCGAUCAGAAUGAUAUAGCCUUUGUCAAGAUCGAUGAUGACAAGGAGGCCAAAGAAUGGGGUAUCGAUGAGAUACCGUCGAUUGUACUCUUUGAACGUGGCAUUCCACACAUCUACGAGGGUGAUCUGAUGAAAGAGGAUGAGCUGCUUGGCUGGUUGGUGCACCAGAAGCGCUAUUCCGAAAUUCCCGAAGUCACUGACGAGAUGAAGGACAAACUGGUCGAGAACACCGAGCACUUGGCGGUUAUCUUCUAUGACAAGGACGAUAAGCAGGAUAUGCGCAUCCUGAACGAACUUGAGAAUAUUGACGAUGAGCUGGAGAAGGAGGGAAUUGUCAUUGUGCGCAUCGAUAACGCCGCCGAAGCUAAGGAAUAUGGUCUCGACCAUUUGCCCGCUCUCAUUUACUUCGAGAACAAGAUCCCGGCCCUCUACGAGGGUGAUCUGAUGAACGAGGAUGAGGUUCUCGAGUGGCUCCUGGUCCAGAAGAAGACGGCCACCAUUGAGGAGGUGACUGAUGAGAUCCUGGUCAACCUGAUCAACGAGCACGAAUAUGUCGUUGUUUUCUUCACGGGUCCCUGCGAACCUGGCGAGACCUGCGACCACACUCUGAAUGCCCUGGAAAGCAUCGACGAUGAGUUGGACGAGGCUGGCAUCAUCUUCGUCACCACCGAGGAUACCGGAGUCGCUAAGAAAUACAAUGUCAAGACCUAUCCACGCCUGGUGUUCUUUAGGAACCGUGAUCCACUGCACUUCACUGGAGAUUUGGACGACGAAGACGAAGUGUUGGCCUGGAUUACUGACGACGAAACCCUCGAAAUUCCCGGAAAAAUUGAGGAGGUCAAUGUGAAGAUGUUGGACAAGAUCUUGGCUGAAAACGAUCACGUUGUGGUGUUCUUCUAUGCUGAGGGUGAUAAGAAGGCCCAGAAGAUCCUUAACGAGCUGGAGAACAUCGAUGACGAAUGCGAGGAAAAAGACAUUGACUUUGUAAAGACAUCCGACGAUGAUAUUGAUAAGGAAUACGAUCUGCCCAGUCUGCCGGCACUUGCAUUUUAUAGACAUAAGUUUAGAACAAUUUACACCGGUGACCUGAUGAAGGAAGAGGAAAUUCUUGAGUGGGUUAUUGAUUUGCACGAGUCUACAGCUGAUGUCAUUGAAUCUGUGGAUCGUAAGACCCUGCAAGUUUUGAUCAACGAUGUUGAGCACCUGGCUGUGUUCUUCUACGAUGAUGAAUGCGAAUCGUGUUCUGAAAUCUUGGAAGAGUUGGAAAACAUCGACGAUGACACCGAUAAGCACGGAAUACAAUUUGUCAAAUCGAAUGAUGUUAAGCUUGCCCAUGAAAUCGGCAUUUUCGCAUUCCCAGCUUUGGUCUACUACGAGACCGGCGUCCCGAUUAUGUAUGAUGGUAAUCUUAAAAAUGAAAACCGUGUGCUGCAGUGGUUAGUCAAUCAAAAGAGAAAUGAUGACGACGCAAGUGAUGAAAAAAUUCUUAAAUUGCGCUAUCCCAAGGAAAGCGAUGAGGAUAAGAGGGAAAGAUUAAAGCGUCUACAGAAUGUGAUACGAAAAGAAAGAUUACGAAAAAGUAGACGAGAUAAUGAGGAUGAAGAUGAUGGGGAUGAGGAAGAUACAACUGGGGAGAAAAAAGAUACUGAUAGGGACGAAGAGGACGACGAUGACGAAGAAGAUAAUGAUAAAGACGACGAAGACGAAGAUGAAGACGACGAAGACGAAGAUGACGAAGAUAAUGACAAUGAUAACGAGGACGAGGAAGAUAACGAUGACGAGAACGGGGAUGACAAUGAAAAUGAUGACGAGGACGAAGAUGACGAUGAGGAUGAGAAAGAUAAAAAUGAUGAGGACGAGGAUGAGGAUGACGAGGAAGGGGAUGAUGAAGAAGAUAAUGGAGAUAACGAGGAUGGGGACGAGGAUGACGAGGAAGAUACUGAUAAGGACGAUGAGGACGAGCAUGAGGAUGAAGAAGAUAAUGGGGACGAUGAGGAUACAAAUGAUGACGAUGAAGAUGUAGAUGAAGAUGAAGAUGACGAUAAUGCAGAUGAAGAUAAUGAGGAUGCAACUGGGGAAGAAAAUGGUGACGAAGACGAGAACGAAGAAGACGAAAACGACGAUGACGAGAACGACGAUGACGAGAACGACGAUGACGAGAACGACGAUGACGAGAACGACGAAGACGAGAAUGGCAAAGACGACGAUGACGAAGACAAUACUGACAAGGACGAUGAAGAUGAGAAUGAGGAUGAGGAUGACGAAGAAGAUGGGGACGACGAGGAUACAAAUGGGGAUGACAAAGAUGGAACUGGGGAGGAAGAUGAGGAGGACGAUGACGAAGAAGAUAUUAAGAGUAAACCAAAAUAUAGGCACACGGCCAAAGGUCGAACGAUACAUCGCCUUGCUGACCUUUGCUCAGGUCGGCUUAUAGAUGAAAUAGAUGACGAAUGUUUCUAUGUUGGAUUGGGUCAUGACGGCCAUUCAGCUAAGCGCGGCAACAAUUUCGUGCCCAACGAUUACAAACCAUUCCAAUGCUGUCCAACCAAAUUGGAGAAGUCAACGAAAGUUCCUAAGAUGACGGCCCAGCGGAUCGGACACAGCGAGGGCGAUCAGGGCAAGCGUCCAGGCGUUGGCGGCGGCAACUUCCAGUUCGCCGGCUCGGCAUCCACAUCCACCACGACCGGCAAGUCGGCCAGCAAGCCGGCGGCGACCAAGAAGCAGGCCAAGGUCUCCAAGGACACCGAUGACGAUGACGAGGACGACGACGACGAGGAGAAGCCCCUGGUCAAGGUGUCGUAUGCCAACAAGCGCUCGGGAGGAAGCAACAAGCCGCAGGCGGGCAAGAAGCCGGUAGCCAAGGGAAAGGACAAUGACGACGAGUCCCAGGAGGUGGAGAAGGUGUCCAAGCAGAAGGCGUCGAAGAAGUCCGGCAAGCUGAAUGUGAAAACCGGCAUUAAUUUUUUCCAAAAUCGACUAAAAAAUUUGUAUGAUAUCAUUUUUCAGGAUAUCUCUCUGUGGGAGUAAGGCAACAAUUGUAACUGAAUGUGGAUAUCCACAGACAGUUAGAUAGUGAUUGUAUGAUUGAAUGAUAUGCCAUACUAAAGUAGCACGUAUACGCACUGUUGUCAACCGAUAAAAACAAAUAUCAAACCAAAACCAAACCAAAACCAACUCAAUCCUGUAUAGCCACGAAAAGAACCUUCAAUGACAGGUUUCUAUAAUUAAAUGUACAUCAUCUAUGUGUGACUGCAAAAGACAUCAACUAUGACAAGAACCAACUGAAUAACUGAAUUCGUAUGGCUGUGUGUCCGUAAAAAUGAGGUCCCUCCUCACUAACCUUGAAAUGCCCGGUGCACUACUAUUAUAUCAAAUACUCAUUCAUCCCCAGUGCCUGAUCAGAUCAUUGUCCACACAUUUCUAAGCCGCAACACAAUAAUCGUUGUUCCACGUUGAGAAGAUCUACGAGUAGCAGAAUCACACAAAGCCCAACAUAAUUACAAAUUAAUCAAGAACUAGAAAAAAACGUACUAACUUAAACUUUGUUGAUACUUUCACUUAACUAUUUUCAAGAGGGGCCGCAUCGCCAAAGUGGACCCCGGAUCUAUAACUAAACUAAACCAAUCAUUUGUUGCAUUUUGUCAACGGAUUUCAACAAACUUUGUUCAAACUAAAAGCAAUUACUUCAACAAACAACUAUCAAACUUCUGAGAACUUUCACUUGUAUAUUUAGCCAGCAAACUUUGUUAUUAACAAUUCAAUCGGCCAUUGUCUAUUGUCAAUAACAAGCGCCUAAUCUUUUUUGAUACUACUUCUUUUUGUCACAAUAUACAAUUUACAUUGUAGUUAGUCUAAUUUUAACAAGAGCCAAAGCAAAUAAAACAAAACGAAACGAAACGAACAAACGGAUAAAAUAUUUUUUGAAACAAUUUACACAUGACAGUGCCCAACUGUUAACUAUUUUAACUGAAACGUGUAACGAUGAGAGCUUUCUACAGUUUUUCAUGAUAACAACAUUUAGAGCCACUAGCCAAUAUACUGUGUAACCAGAGAUUUUUAUCAAAUAUGUUGCAGCUCACACGCCGUAUACUUAAUUUUGUUGUAUAUUUAUGAAAACGAAAAUCCAAUAUUUCUCGCAGAACAAUGGCCUCGCAUCCAAUGUAGCUCGCCAAUUUGUUUCAUUUGUUUUCUUCUGAGAGCGAUACCUGUACCGCUCGCUGUUGUUUUUGUUAUCGGUAUUUACAAAAUAUCGAAUUAUAAAUCUUUAUCAUUAUGUUUUCUUAAGCUAAAGUCUAUCACUCUACACGCAAUUGUAACUAAAUCCAACAUAUAUGUAAACAAAUUUUGUUGAACAGCAGCAGUUAAGUCAAGAUCAAGCGAAUGUAUUUUUGUCAAACAAAUUUUCAAAAUGAAAAUUUUGUCAGAUUGUAAGAAGCAAACGCAAAUCAAACUGAAAGCACUUUUGUAAACAUAAUAACUGAAAGAAAUUGUAAGAAUAUUCAAUAAAAACCAUCCAACUCAA